AGUAUCUGGAAUCCGUUUUAUAUGGCAACGGAAGAAAAAAGGAGAGGUCUGAAAGUAGACUGGAAGGCGCCCGACGCGAAGAAGGUCCUUCAGUCAACGCCGACGAAAUUAUGGGGAGGUGAGAUUAGGCAGUAGACCUGCGCCUUUGUCGGUUGUGUGAUACAUAAUAAAGUUGUAGGCGGCGACAGCGACUCGUGCUUUUUCAGCAUUUUUUAAGCUUUUCACCCAAGAAAGAGUGAGUUUGCAACUGAGUAAAUGGGUAUGAAGCUGAGCAAGCCUUUAUAUUUUUAUAGCCCAUUCUCCGGCUAAAGGUAAAGAACAUCACGUGGGCGAGUAGAAUUCCGAGAGAUUUUAAGGGAGGACAUGGCUGGCGCUCUUAGUAGGGGGGUUGACACUCGGCUGAGAUGCUUAUGCUAUCGUUUCUAACGCUGCAGGAACGUGUGAGCGAAGGCGCCUCGACGACUGUGCUCAGCGUCCGAAGAGACUACGUGUGUCGCCCAGAUCGCGUAGGACAGAAAAAUGCCGGACCGAACAAAGACUAUCAGUGCUCCACUGGCGACGCUCUCUUACAUGCGCUGAAUGCGCACAGUCCGGAAAGUGUUGAGGUACCAGCCCAGAAGGUUAUCGUUAUGGCUACUAUCAAACGCAAAGCCAAAGGCUUCAGGUUUCAUUCGGGAUCGGGUUUUUCUAGAUAGAAUCAAAAAGGAACUCUAGCUGGCGCAGAUGGCUAGACUGAGGCUGAGCACGCAGCGACCAAUGUAGAAGACUGACACUAUACGCGUGUGAGCAGCGCAGUCGCCCAUCUAAUCGCAAGUAUUUGAGUGAGCGGUUCAGUGCAGAGGCUACGAAGUUGCAAAAAUCCGUUUUGAGCCACGGCGUUUACUUGGUGAAAAUGGAUUGCGGCGGGGAAGUCGGCAACGCACCAAACGAGCCAACAUCCUUGGGCAGCUUAUGGCUAAUUGAGCUGUCACUAAGUUGAAGGAUGACGCGUCAAACUCGCAACGGCUGACGGCCGUUCCCGUCCUCACACAAGGAGAUUAGCAAUGCUGGGUAAUGGUUAACUAACUAGGCGCAGCUUCACUUUAUUCUUUAUUGUAUUUGAUACUGAAAUAGCAUGAACAUGAUGGUCGCGAGGCCACUACCAGACUCUUGCCUCUAAUCUUUGCAAAUCUUGAAGCCGCCUCUCCCAGAGAUGGGGAACCCGAACCAAAAGAUCCGGAGGAGUUUUUUGAUUUGCAGGCCCUCGAACUAACGCCGGAAGAGCAGAAGCUUUGCCUGCAGCGCUACGACGAAGCGGCAAACGAGUCCUAAGGAGUAAGGACAAGUAGGUCAGUAUCAAUAAAGGACAGGAAGAAGAUCUUGAGUUGUAUCAGCUUCGUUGGAUAAAAAGGCGAAAUGGGAAGUAUGCUUAUUUCGAUUUUAUAUUGUAGUUCGUACUGAUACUUCCUAUUGUACGCUGCAUGCUAACAAAUUGAUGAGUCAAUGAAUCACUUGAGUUGGCGUGCUUUAAGUAGUGUUUGAAGUCUGAUUUCUUCAGCAAUCGCUGCACCAGCUUGCGCUUGCUGCUCUAACGUCAGGACCGAAAAAGUGGACGCUUUUGGAUACCUUGGCGGGCAUUUGUUCAGUUGGGUGGUGACCGUGUGCCCACAAGACUCGAAGUCAGGGAUUACAAGUUGCCCGACUUCAAUCUCGUAACGACGGAAAGAGCACUAGAGCCGAUCCCGAUAGGUCCAGACUUUCAAGAAUAUCGGAAAGCGGAC